UUUUCCUCCGUCAGAAUGAAAAGAAGCAGGAGACGCAUAUUUUCAGUAGGAAAAAAAAAUGGUUCUGCUCGUCCCAUCCACCCUCCCGCGGGCACCCUACGGAGCAGCAGCCGCGUCCACAUCGUCGCCGUUAUCCACUCACCCGCGGCAUCCUCUCGCCGUCGCCCGCUGCUCCGCCCGCCGGACUCCGCCGCCCGCCGCCGCAGCCACCGGCAGGGAGGCUGCUUCCUGGGCCGGCGCCGUGCCAUGGAAGAAGGCCGCCGUCUCCGGCGCGCUCGCGCUCACCCUGUCCUUCUCCUGCUCGGGAACUUCCCGUUGUGCUUUGCAGUUGUUGGUCUGGUGAAUGCCAAGGCCGGGGUCAACAAACCCGAGUUGCUCCCCAAGGAGUUCACCACCGUCAUCGACGUCGCCGGUUUCCUCUCUUCAGGCCAGGAAAAUCGUAUACGCCAAGAGAUAGAAGACCUAGAGAAGGACACUGGGUAUAAGUUGAGAGUUCUCGCACAAAAUUAUCCGGAUACACCAGGAUUGGCUAUCAAGGAUUUUUGGCAAGUUGAUGACCGGACUAUAGUCUUUGUUGCAGAUCCCACCUUCGGUAACAUUAUAAAUUUCAACAUUGGUUCAUUGAUUGAUCUAGACAUUCCUCAGAGCUUCUGGAGUCGGGUUGCAGGGAAGUAUGGAAACAUGUUCUAUUGGAAAGAAAAGGGAGAGAUGCGUCCAAUUGAAGGCGCCGUGACGGCAAUAUCGCGCUGCCUGAGAGAGCCCACAGGGGCAAGUAAUUGUUCCGAGGUAUUUUAGAGGUGGACGUUCAUCGGGGAAGGACUGAGACAUGACGAACGUAAGACCAGCGAAUACUAUAUGUACAUAAUUGAAAUGUCAGUUACAUAAACUGAACAUGUUUUCACCUUAAUUUUUGAAAGUCAAAGGACAUUCGUUUA